GGCGUGUACACCCUCUGAAACAGGUUCGGUUCAGCUUAGUCGGGCUCCUUGUCAGUUGUAGCGGUCUCAGUCCUCUGCACCAGGGGGAUUAGCUAGGGUUUAACGAGCCGCAGCGACCACCAUGACGGCCACAAACGCGGCGGCGGCGGAGUCGGACGCGGAGGCCAGGAGCAUCCUCGAGCGGGCCGCGGCGGCAUCCUUCCCUCCGCUCCAUGCCGUCCACCACCUCCUCUCCGUCGGGGUUUGUGUGCGAUGCAUCUUUCGCAUGUUUGGAGCCUUUAGCCAUGCCUGCUCAUGUGCGUCUCUUACGGUCUCUUUCUUCCAUUCAUUUCUUGAAGAGCAUGAUGAUUCCGCAAAAGGCGGGCCUUGCUCAUGUUUGUCAACAGAUGAAUCAUGCUGCUCUAUUUGCUUUGGAAUAUUGCUGCCCACCUGCCAUCAGGAUGAGGGUGUAGUACCGUUUGAUGACAUUUCUCGUAUCGACAUAAUUACUUCAAUGGUAUCUCAAGCAAUACAAAGAGAGGGUUAUCAAAUCGAUGGGUUUUCUUUAGAAAUUUCACUGCCUGCAGUUGUAGCAGCGAAUGAACGUGCCAUCAGGUUAUAUAUGAAAGAAAAAUAUGGCAGUGAAAAUUGGUUCAAGGACGAAAUGUUUUCUCAACAAACCAUGUCAGCGAAGGAGGGUCUGAGACUGUUGAUAGCACCAUCGCUCGAGAAACAACUGGGUGUUAAGCACGGUAACAAUUCAUUUCGAAUUCGCUUAACAUAUACUCAUGAUGAUGCUUCACUGAAGCUCAAAAGUUUAUUGCCAAAUGACAGUAAUCGUAAAAGGAAAGCAGAGUCAAGAGAAGGAAAUGAUACUAGAAGGAACUCAACAUAUGAUGAUAAACAGACAUUAAGUGAAGCAGAUUCAUUCAUCCACAAGUCCCUUGAGGGUAUUCAAGAUAAAGAAUUCUGUAGUUUAUUUAAGUUGCCUCCUGAAAAGGUGUCCAAACCUUGCCAUCUUGUGAUAUCCUUCCUAAGGUCGCCCAUAUAUAUUGGCGGAAGAUACUUGAAGCUUUCAAGAAAUGUCAGUCAGUCAUGUUGGAUAAUUGAUGAUGAAAGAAUGGGGGAAGCAUCAGUUGAGGAGAUAAUUAAAGAGAGUGUCUGUGCCAUCUCCAGAGGUGAUGGCUACAAGUUCCAUGCUGCUGGAAGAGAAGAUAUCGAUGUACGGAUGCUUGGAUCUGGUCGUCCAUUUCUAAUUGAAGUCCUGAAUGUGCGAUCAAUUCCAUCUGCGAUUGAAAUUCAACAAAUUUCUGACAAGAUUAAUAGCUCCGAAAAGAAACAUGUCAGAAUUAGAAAUCUCAAGUUGGUAGACAAUGAAAUAUGGGCCAUGAUGCGUGAAGGGGAAGCGGAGAAGCAGAAGCAGUAUGCUGCCCUCAUAUGGACUUCUAGUCCUCUGACGGAUGAUGACCUGCAGAAAAUUUCUGUUAUUAAUGAUAUGGAAAUUGUACAAAAUACCCCCAUAAGGGUUCUUCAUCGAAGAAGCCCGUUGGAGCGGAAACGGAUUAUACAUUGGAUGGAGAUUGAGAAAGUUGAAGGCAGCUCAAACUAUUACUUGUUGCAUCUAUGCACUCAGGCAGGAACGUACAUUAAGGAGUUUGUGCACGGUGAUCUUGGACGCACAAAUCCGAGUAUCGGUUCCAUGCUACGUUGCAGAGCCGAGAUACUGCAACUCGAUGUCACGGACGUUAAGAUGGACUUGCUGCAAUAGUAUGCAGCUGCCACAUGAUACCAUUUGGGGCAAUUACUUUGGUAGUGGAGGCGCUCUGAUAAGCCAAGAUUCCCGCGGAAGACUAUGCCGUUGGCAAGUGCUCUAGGAACGGCGAAUUGUUUUUCUCAUGGAGUGCGUAACUUGAUGUCAAUUGUAAAAUGUACACCAGCCAGGGGAACCCAGCAACAAUUUUGAGAAAUUGGGGGGAAUUUGGCCCCAUUUGGCUCCAACGUUUACCUUUUCCCAGAGCAACAAUUUAGAGAAAAUUGAGAAACUGAACCAUUCGGUCCCAAUGCCUUAUCUGUUUUGCCACCACGUGUCGUUGUGCUGCUAAACAAUCAUAUUCCCCUCGAGAGGAAGUACUAGAUGAUAUUCAAUGAGCAGCAUCACAUGGACGACAGGAAAAUUUUGAUAUCGAGAAUUUACUGCA